UACAUAUAUCGAUACCCUAAGAGCGGAUUAAUCGUUAUAACCUACGUAGACGACUUCUUAUUAGUCGGCCUAAAAGGGAAAGAGCUAGCGGAUCUAAAAGUAGCCCUACAGAACGCGUUUAAGAUAAAGGAUCUAGGUCUCUACUACUACUUUGUAGGCGUUAGGAUCGUUAGGAACAGAGGUAACAGGACUAUAUCCCUUAUAUAA